UUUCCUUUGACAUUCCACAUUUUUGCAAGCAAUAAGAAAAAAACCGGUGAUCUGUAUUUAAAUUGCGCCAUCAAACCAAAAAUUUAUGUUUGCAUUUUUUUUUUAUUUUAAUUUUCUCAAAUAUUUAACAAUUAAUUAAUAAAAAAAAUGAAUGCAAAAAGAAAACCCAUUGUACAAGGUGGCAACUAUCCAAAAAAACCACGCAACUUUGACGAAGACGAAGAAGAUUUCGGCAGCCAAUUCGAAGCCGAGCUGGCUGCCUUCGAAGGCACCGAUGAAAUCGAUACAACAUUACUCCUUGGAGAAGGUCCAGAAAAUCAACAAACCUGUGCCAAAUGGUCACGUGUUGAUCCACCCGAUUUAAAUCCCGAUUUAGAUAAUUUAGUUUUUCAACAAAUUGAUGUUGAAAAUUAUGUUGGAACACCUUUGCCGGGAAUGCCCGGAUCACAAUUGCCACCAGUUCCUGUCAUACGAAUGUAUGGUGUUACAAUGGAAGGCAAUUCUGUGUGUUGUCAUGUCCAUGGGUUUUGUCCAUAUUUUUAUAUGGCUGCACCUCGUGGCUUUAAUAAUAGUCAUUGUCAUAAAUUUAGAGCUGCUUUAGACAAGUCGGUUUUAGCCGAUAUGAGAAGUAAUAAAGACAAUAUCCAAGAGGCUGUCCUCGAGGUCGAAAUUGUCGAAAAGUUAUCCAUAAUGGGUUAUCAGGGUGACGAGAAGAAAGAAUUUAUAAAAAUAACAAUGGCAAUGCCUAAAUUAAUUGCCGCUGCCAAAAGACUAUUGGAAAAAGAAAUUGUUUAUUCAGAUUUUGAUUUUCAAGAUUGUCGAGGUUACGAAAGUAACAUAGAUUUUGAUAUUCGAUUUAUGGUUGACACUGGAGUUGUUGGUUGUAGUUGGAUUGAAUUGCCAGCUGGAUGUUGGCGAUUGAGAAGUAAAAACUCUAAACCAAUUCCAGAAUCGAGAUGUCAAAUUGAAGCUGAUGUUGCUUUUGAUAAAUUUAUUGCUCACGAACCGGAAGGGGAAUGGGCGAAGGUGGCACCGUUUAGAAUACUAUCAUUUGAUAUUGAAUGUGCUGGAAGGAAGGGAAUUUUCCCUGAAGCUAAAGUUGAUCCAGUUAUUCAAAUUGCUAAUAUGUGUAUUCGACAAGGAGAACAGGAGCCAUUUAUACGAAAUGUAUUUACAUUGAAUACAUGUGCUCCAAUUGUGGGAUCGCAGGUUUUAUGUUCGAAGAAGGAAACGGAACUUCUAGAAAAAUGGUCAAAUUUUGUACGCGAAGUAGAUCCCGACAUAUUAACUGGCUACAACAUUAAUAACUUUGACAUUCCCUAUCUCUUGAAUAGAGCUCAACACUUGAAAGUAAAAGGCUUCGAAUAUCUGGGCCGUAUUAAAAACAUACGAUCAGUGAUAAAAGAUCAAGUUUUACAAUCUAAACAAAUGGGACGACGAGAAAACAAAUAUGUCAAUUUUGAAGGCCGUGUACCAUUUGAUUUAUUAUUUGUUUUGUUACGAGAUUAUAAAUUACGUUCAUACACUCUAAACGCUGUCAGUUAUCAUUUUUUACAAGAACAAAAAGAAGACGUCCAUCAUAGUAUAAUUACAGAUUUGCAGAAUGAAAAUGAACAAACACGUCGUCGAUUGGCUAUGUAUUGUCUAAAAGAUGCCUACCUUCCAUUGAGAUUGCUCAAUAAACUCAUGUCAAUUGUGAAUUAUAUGGAAAUGGCUCGUGUAACUGGUGUGACACUGGAAUCUCUUCUAACCAGAGGUCAACAAAUUAAAGUACUCAGUCAGUUGUUGAGGAAGGCACGAACCAAAGGAUUCAUAAUGCCAGCUUAUCAUAGUCAAUCAACUGACGAACAAUACGAAGGAGCUACUGUUAUUGAACCCAAACGUGGCUACUAUGCCGAUCCUAUUUCUACUCUUGAUUUUGCAUCUCUAUAUCCAAGUAUUAUGAUGGCUCACAAUUUAUGUUAUACAACUUUGGUUCAGCCAAAUAUGAAAGAUAAACUGGGAUUAUCUAUCGAAGAUGACAUGGAAAAAACUCCAUCAAAUAAUUUAUUUGUCAAAUCUAACAUACGUCGUGGCUUACUGCCAGAAAUUCUAGAAUCUCUACUUGCAGCAAGAAAAAAAGCCAAAAAUGAUUUAAAAGUUGAAACUGAUCCAUUCAAACGAAGUGUUUUAGAUGGCAGACAAUUGGCACUGAAAAUCUCUGCAAAUUCUGUAUAUGGUUUUACUGGAGCACAAGUUGGCAAAUUACCAUGUUUGGAAAUAUCUGGCAGUGUUACAGCAUAUGGACGUACAAUGAUUGAAUUGACAAAGAAUGAAGUCGAAGCACAUUACACUCGUGAUAAUGGCUAUGAAAAUGAUGCUGUUGUCAUUUAUGGUGAUACAGAUUCUGUGAUGGUAAAUUUUGGUGUAAAAUCGUUAGAACGUAGCAUGGAAUUGGGUAGAGAAGCAGCCGAAUUGGUUAGUGCGAAAUUCGUACGGCCAAUUAAGUUGGAAUUUGAAAAAGUCUAUUUCCCGUAUUUGCUUAUCAAUAAGAAACGUUAUGCUGGAUUGUAUUUUACAAAUACUGAAAAAUAUGAUAAAAUGGAUUGCAAAGGUAUUGAAACUGUUCGAAGAGAUAACUCACCAUUGGUGGCAAAUCUCAUGAACACUUGCUUACAAAAACUUCUAAUUGAACGUAAUCCAGAUGGGGCUGUCGAAUAUGCCAAAACAGUUAUAUCAGAUCUUCUUUGCAAUCGCAUAGACAUAUCACAAUUGGUUAUUACCAAAGAAUUGAGUAAAACAGAUUAUGCGGCGAAACAAGCUCACGUUGAAUUGGCUGCCAAGAUGAAAAAACGAGAUCCUGGAACAGCUCCGAAAUUGGGUGAUCGAGUUCCGUAUGUUUUAUGUGCAGCUGCAAAGAAUACACCUGCCUACAUGAAGGCCGAAGAUCCUAUUUAUGUAUUGGAAAAUUGUGUACCAAUCGAUGCCAAUUACUAUUUGGAAAAUCAACUUUCCAAACCUCUUCUUAGAAUUUUUGAACCAAUAUUAGGUGAUAAAGCAGAAUCUAUUUUAUUGAAGGGUGAACAUACAAGAACUCGUACAAUGGUGACAUCUAAAGUCGGUGGAUUGGCUGGUUUUGUGACUAAGAAAUCGGCAUGUUUAGGUUGCAAAGCGCUCAUGCCGAAGGGUUAUGAAAACAGUCCACUUUGUCCACAUUGCGAACCGAAUAUGGGCGAGUUGUAUCAAAAGGAAAUUUUUGCCAAGCGAAGUUUGGAGGAGAAUUUUUCGCGGUUAUGGACCGAAUGUCAACGAUGUCAGGGAUCUUUGCAUGAAGAAGUAUUGUGUUCGAAUCGAGAUUGUCCCAUUUUUUAUAUGCGACAAAAAAUUCGAAUGGAAUUGGACACUCAAGAGAAACGAGUACAGCGGUUUGGAUUGCCAACUUGGUAGUCAUCAUAGUUGGAAGAAGGAUAUUAUAAAAUUAUGUUAAGAUUUGUUUUAAAUUUUGUUGUCGAAUUAUUUUCUUUUUAUUUUAACUUAGAUUUAUUUUUCAUUUUUUUUUUUGUUUUGCUUUAUAAUUAUUAUAAUAAUAUUAAAUAAGUUUUUCGUUUAGGCUAAA